AUGAUGACGUCACCUCUCGUCGUCGCCCUCUUGUUUCUAUACGCAUUUCUCAUUUCUUCGACUCUUUCGUUUUCCGAUUCAAACAAUGGCGAAAUCUCUUCGUAUCCGAAAAGGCAGGCCGAGAAACUCAUAAGGUCCCUCAACUUGUUCCCUGAGCAUGAAGUGAACCGCCAUCGGCCCGAAUCAAAUGAUGCGUCGGUAUCGGAGAUUGUCGAGAAGCGAUUCGAGUUCCCGUUCAUGGAGGCUAAUAAUCCUGUUCAGGACUUGGGCCACCAUGCUGGAUAUUACACUCUCCCGCACAGCAAAGCUGCCAAGAUGUUCUAUUUUUUCUUUGAGUCGAGAAGCAACAAGAGUGAUCCGGUGGUUAUAUGGUUAACCGGAGGACCCGGUUGCAGCAGUGAAUUAGCUUUGUUCUAUGAAAAUGGACCCUUUCACGUCACGGACAAUUUGACUCUUACGUUGAAUGAUUUCGGAUGGGAUAAGGUAUCGAAUCUCAUAUAUGUGGACCAACCGAUUGGGACGGGUUUCAGCUACAGUUCUGAUGAGGACGACAUUAGGCAUGAUGAGGAAGGUGUAAGCAAUGAUUUGUAUGACUUCUUGCAGGCUUUCUUCAAGGCGCACCCUCAAUUGACAGGGAACGAUUUUUACAUUACUGGAGAAUCAUAUGCCGGGCACUACAUUCCAGCUUUUGCCGCCCGGGUUCAUCAAGGGAACAAAAACAAUGAAGGAAUUCAAAUUAAUGUAAAGGGAUUUGCGAUCGGCAAUGGACUAACAAAUCCCGAGAUACAGUAUGGGGCAUACACUGAUUAUGCUCUGCACAUGAAACUGAUCACAAAAUCUGAUCACGACAGCAUGAAUCAGUCGGUUUUGGAAUGUCAGCAAGCGAUUAAGCUCUGUGGAGUUGAUGGUGGUGGUUCUUCUUGUGUGUCGGCAUACGAGGCAUGCAACAGUGUCUUCAACGGGAUACUGGAAAUUGCCAAUGGUGUAAAUUACUAUGACAUAAGAAAGAAAUGCGAGGGCAACCUUUGCUACGACUUUUCCAACAUGGAGAGAUUUCUAAGCUUAGAGUCGGUGAAAAGCGCCCUUGGUGUAGGGGACAUUGAUUUCGUGUCUUGCAGCACGACUGUUUACAAUGCUAUGAGCACCGACUGGAUGAGAAAUCUCGAGGUCGGAAUUCCUGCACUUUUGGAGGAUGGGAUCAAAUUUCUGGCAUAUGCUGGGGAAUACGAUCUCAUAUGCAAUUGGCUCGGGAAUACGAGGUGGGUUCACGCGAUGCAAUGGUCUGGGCAGAAACAGUUUAUGACCGCCAAGGGAAGCCCGUUUAGAGUGGGCGGAGUGGAUGUCGGGCUGCAAAAGGGUUAUGGGCCGCUAACAUUCCUCAAGUUUUACAAUUCGGGGCAUAUGGUGCCCAUGGAUCAGCCCGAAUAUUCAUUGGAGAUGCUGAGGAGCUGGAUGCAGAGCAAUUUGUCUUCCACACUUGUGUGA